AUGACGUCGAUCUCUAUCAAUGUUGCCUUCAAGGCUGCCGGCUUCGAGCCCUCCCUGAUCACGAUACCGCCACCGGCGCAUGACCCCACGCUUCGGGUUACAAUCUAUGCUCUGCGUUUCAAGUCGCCGACGCAGACCCCGAAGGAACCUCUGCUCCUUCUCCAUGGCUAUCCCCAGAAUUCCGUCAUCUACCGCCAUUUGGGACCCGCGCUGGCUAAGGCGGGUGAGAGGGACAUCGUGAUCGCGGAUACACGGGGCAACGGGCAGAGCAGUGCACCCAAGGCACGGAACCUCUCUCCUGGCGAGGAGGGAGAGAUAGUACAUACCGAAGAGGUGCUGCGGCUGCGAUACUCCAAGCGAGAGGUGGGGAGAGACUUAGUCUAUGUCAUGAAACAUUUAGGAUAUGACAAGUUCUCCAUCAUCGGGCAUGAUAGGGGUGCGCGCGUCGCGCACCGGAUGGCGGCUGACUGGCCGGACGAGGUGGUCAAGAUCAUGCUUCUGGACAUUGCGCCGACCUACGACCUGAUCGAGCGAACAGGGCCAGAGUUAGCGUUCGUGUACUGGCACUGGUUCUUCCUUCCUCAGCCGUACCCAUUCCCGGAAUCGAUGAUACUUGCCAACCCCUCGGUCUACCUUAACAAACUCCUGGGUGCAUUCACCACUGCUCCCAAAAAGAUAUUCCCAGACGACGUCUUCGAUACCUAUCUCCAACAGCUGACUUCUCCUGAGCGCGUCCACGCGACCUGCGAGGAUUACCGCUCCUCAGGCCCAGGCGGCAUUGACCUCGAGCAUGACGCCGAGGACCGCAAGGCGGGGCGCAAGGUGAAGCAGCCCGUGAGGGUGCUCUGGGCAAAGACGGGCAUCAUCGAGCGGCUGUUCGGGCAUGACGGGACGCUGGCAUUGUGGCGGAAUAUCUGCGAGUCGGAUGAUGUGGAUGGGAGGGCGGUGGAUUGUGGCCACUUCAUUCCGGAAGAGAGACCCGGCGACGUCCUGCAGGAUGCUCUAGCGUUCUUCUGAUG